AUGGACCGCGAUAGUCUGGUAUACAAGGCCAAGUUGGCCGAACAAGCCGAGCGCUUUGAUGAGAUGGUCGCUGACAUGAAGGAGGUUGCCAAGCAACCUCAAGAACUGACUGUUGAAGAGCGUAACCUUCUGUCCGUCGCCUACAAGAAUGUGAUUGGAUCUCGUCGUGCCUCGUGGCGUGUGGUGACCUCCAUUGAGCAAAAGGGAGACCCCGAGAAGAUGACCAUCAUCAAGGACUACAAGGCCAAGAUCGAGACGGAGCUUGUGGAUAUCUGUAACGACAUUUUGGGCAUUAUCGAGGAAUCGCUCAUUCCCAACUCGUCGUCCGAAGAAGCCAAGGUCUUUUACUACAAAAUGAAGGGUGACUACCAUCGUUAUCUUUCCGAGUUCCAAUCCGGCGACACCCGCAAGGACAGUGCUGGAGCGGCCUUGGAUGCCUACCAGGCGGCCAGUGGCAUUGCCUCGUCCGACUUGCCACCCACUCAUCCCAUUCGUCUUGGACUGGCACUCAACUUCUCCGUCUUUUACUACGAAAUCCUCAACAGUCCCGACAAAGCAUGUCAAAUCGCCAAGCAAGCCUUUGAUGACGCCAUUGCUGAAUUGGACACUCUCAAUGAAGAAAGCUACAAGGAUUCCACACUCAUUAUGCAGUUGUUGCGUGAUAACUUGACUCUCUGGACCAGCGACACAGCAGAUGAAGGGGAUGGGGCAGAACCAGAAGAAAAGGGAGAAUAA